AUCAAAGAGUGUUUUGAUGUUUGUUUUUGCGGGCAUUAUUACCGUCUGCUUGUUUCUCUACGAACACUUGUUAAAACGGACCUGUUUCCUUUACCCACAAUGCUUGUCGUGUCCUCCGUCCUUCCGACUUCCGCCGCAGCAGUCUGCAGUUAUGGCCCCAACCAAGAAAGGUGAAAAGAAGAAGGGACGUUCGGCCAUCAACGAGGUGGUGACCAGAGAGUACACCAUCAACGUCCACAAGCGUAUCCAUGGAGUGGGUUUCAAAAAGAGGGCUCCACGUGCCAUCAAAGAAAUCCGCAAGUUUGCGGUGAAAGAGAUGGGUACCCCUGAUGUGCGUAUUGACACUCGCCUCAACAAGGCAGUGUGGAGCAAGGGGGUCAGGAACGUUCCAUACAGAAUACGCGUUCGACUGUCCAGGAAACGCAACGAAGAUGAGGAUUCCCCCAACAAACUCUACACCCUGGUUACAUAUGUACCAGUCACAACAUGCAAAGGUCUGCAGACCAGACAUUAUUACAAGUACCAAGAGCUAAACCGAGGCUCAGAGGGGAUCACGCCUUUUCUGUUGCUGGUCACUCUCUCUGGAAUGACCUCCCACUGAACAUUCGGCAAGCCU